AUGGAUGUUCACGAGUCUGUGGGAUCCAAGCGAAAGAGAUCUACCUCCCCGCCUCCAUGGAGGACAAAUGGAAGCGACCGCCGCUACCGCGAGCGAGACGCACCUCAGCGUCGAAACGACGGCCAGUCGCAGAAAUGGUCGCACAAAGAUCAAAUGAAGAUUAAUCAGUUGCAGGAGGACGAGCGUAUGAGAGAAUGGGUGGCGCAAGAGGAUGAGUUUGUUCUCAGACAGGCAAAGAAGAAGGCGGAAAUACGAGUGAAAGAGGGUCGAGCGAAACCCAUCGACUGGCUGGCAGUCACACUCCGGGUCGUCGACCCUACGAGGGAUCCUUUAGACGAGGAAGUCGACGAGAAAGACCUUGAAUUUGUGGACCCCGAAAGCGUCUUCGAUGGCUUGUCCGAAUCGCAGUUGGGCGAGUUACGCAAAGACAUCGACACCUACCUGAACCUGGAAAUCAACAGGAAGAACCGAGACUAUUGGCAGACCAUGCAGAUCAUCUGUAAAGACAGACAGAAGAAGCUACGCGCCUCUGGACCGGAAGGACGAGCAGUGAGUUCUGUGGCCUCAGACAUCGACAAACUACUGGCACCGAAGACACACGAACAGCUAGAAGUGCUAGAGAAGCAGAUCAGGAACAAACUUGAUUCGAACGAGCCUAUUGACACAGACUACUGGCAACAACUGUUGGACAGUCUGUUAGUAUGGAAAGCAAAGGCGAAGUUAAAGAAAGUCUACCAGGACGUUCUCGACUCGCGGCUGCAGCAACUCCGACAAGAAAACGAGCGCAAAGCACACCAGGCUCAGCAGGACUUCAAAGAUGCCAGUGUCACCACCACUGACCCGAUCCAAUACUCGAAAGACUUGGAUCCCGAGCCGCUUCUCGAAAUCUCCGCGAAAGACAAGACCCUGGAAAUCCAGGACGAGAGCACAUUCCUGCACAGCGUCGCUGCCAGCCGCCGCAAAGUCAUCAACAUGGGCUACGUGCCAGCUCCGAAAGGAAACGUCCAGAAUACAACAUCCUCGACACCUUCUCGUCCGUCCGCACAACCCAGCAACCCAAUCGACCCGACCAGCCGCUUCGAGCAAGCCGGCGCGACAGAUUCAUCUGCUGUCACGAAAGCCCUAUUCGACCGCGAAGUGGCCAAAGGCAUGAACGAAAACGAAGAGAUCUUCACAGGCGAAGAAGAAGUUGCAGGCACAUCUGACGAGAAGCCCUUAUGGAGCGGCAAAUACCGACCGCGCAAGCCGAAAUACUUCAACCGCGUGCAGAUGGGCUAUGAAUGGAACAAAUACAACCAAACGCACUACGACCACGAUAACCCGCCCCCGAAAGUCGUCCAGGGGUAUAAAUUCCACAUUUUCUACCCCGAUCUCAUCGAUCCGACCAAGGCGCCGACGUACAAGAUCAUCCGCGAGGGCGGGCGGAAAAAGGGCCAGACCAUGGCGCCCGCGGGCGAGGAAGACACGUGCAUCAUCCGGUUUAUGGCCGGUCCGCCGUACGAGGACAUCGCGUUUCGUAUCGUCGAUCGCGACUGGGACUAUUCGGCCAAACAUGACCGCGGGUUCAAAAGUACGUUUGAACGCGGCAUUCUGACGCUGCAUUUCAGCUUCAAGAGGAUUGUUUACCGGAAGUAG